AUGGUACAGGAAGACAAAGUCUCGUCAUCUGGUGGUACUGUAAUUGAUAUAAAGCCGUCAUGCAGCAGCGCAAGCAGCCGUUUAAGUGCUGGCAAACCGAUAACGUUGCACAGUAGUACAAAGCCGGUUGGCUUAAGUCUAGUUGACAAUGACAGCCUUAAAACACCUACUUUACGGACUCCAACUAUUCUUGGAUCUCCAACUAAAGGUCCCCUCUCUGCUGUAAGUCAUGGCGACGAGUUGUUGACGCCAAGGUUGAGUUUUAGUGCGUUCUCAAAUCAAGCAGGACAUGCUCAAGCAUUUUUUGGCGACCAUGAACCGUUACUGACAGGAUCUGUAGUAAGUAGUACAGCUACACCGAACAACGAUAGUAAGGACCAGAAAUCUGCUACAAUAACGCUAAAAUCUAGCAUUAGUACCAGCAUAAGCACUUUGGCGCAAAGUAUGAACUCUCCAGGUUUAAGCGCUACGGUGUUUCAAUUUUCACCAAUUGUGGAGCACUUCUUACAAAACAUCACGAAAUCCCAACAGUCUUUACCUCUGCUUGUAUUGGAUUCAAAUGCUAAGACUCCGGGUGCAACAGAUACGCCCGAUCUUUUUACGGUUUUUCAAGAUAAAAAAGAGUCUUCUCAUUUACUGGAAACUACGCAGCCGUCAACAUCGCAAUCAUCUCAAAUAACUCUAUCUUCUGAUUUUCAUCCACAUGGAAGUCGAAGUAGUACCACUGCCCGCCCACCCGUUUCGGUUGCUCCUCAAGCUUCUUCGCAAAAUGGUUUGAAUGCUACUGCAUCCAGCUAUGCCACACAUUACACCCAAUUGAAUGGUGUGCAAAAUCCGAGAUCGAUUACUGCUAAUGCUUUAAAUUUGUCAAAUACACUUUCGCAGCCGCCUCCUAAAUAUCACUUACACCCGAGCACGGCGUGUACGGUGGCCUCGACACCAAAUGCGUCGAACGUCGUUCAACAAGCUCGCCCUCAGAAUGUUGUUGCUGUUGCACCGACAACUCAGCAUACGGUCUAUCCAUCUUGUAGUUUCGCUACUACGACAAACAUUCCUUGUCAGGCUAGUCACAUGACACAAAAUCCUCACUCUUCUACAGCUCAAAAUCAGGGGACUUCGCAGUUUCGAAAUGAUUUCCAACCAAAAUUGGAGCCGAUAGACGAUUACUAUCAGCCAACUGUGGCAUUUACUCAACCAGGUCCAUUACUUCCUCCAGCAACAGCAGUUGCUACAACGACGACAUCAAAGAAUGGUACGACUCUCCAAAUAAAGAGUCGAAAGUACGCGAAUCGUAUAACUAAAACACCUCUCCAUGAACGUCCUUACCGAUGUCCUAUGGAAGAUUGUGAAAGACGGUUUUCAAGAUCUGAUGAGCUCACAAGGCAUAUAAGAAUUCACACUGGACAAAAACCAUUUCAGGUACUUGCCUGCUGUUUAUACUGA